AUGGUGUUUACAGUACGAGCUGUGCACACGUUCAUGGCCGAACACGGCGAUGAAUUAGAGUUUCAAGCGGGUGAAGAGAUUGAGGUACUGGAAAAAGACGAAGCUUUCGGAGACGGAUGGUGGAGAGGACGAAAUACCAAAGGUGAAGAAGGUCUAUUCCCAGCAACAUACAUCUCUGAAAACCCUACAACACCUCAAGAUCAGCCCCUCGGUCUUCCUGAGACAACAGCUGCUCCUCAAACAUCCACCGUCAAUGGAUCUGCACCCACAAACGAUUCUUACCUUUCCGCUCCCACCAUCCCGAUACCAGAUGAAUCACCCAGGGGGACUCACGAUUCGUCAGGUGGUCUUCUAGAUAAUGCUGUAGCUGCUGUGGAGAGCACGACUGCAGCUGUAGGAAAUGUCAUGGGCAGGACUAUAGGUGAUAUACAAGAUGCUAUAGAAUCCAUCACUACUGCCAAGCCUGAGAGUGAUGAUGAAGAGGAACUUGGAAUUGGUCAGAACGCCAGAGCGAAAUUAGCAGAACAAGCUCGAUUAGCCAAUGAACAGCGGGAGAAGAAUCAACAUUCGUCGAACGGUGGUGUAGCUGGAUUGGUAUAUUCCGAUGAGAGCGAAGAUGAAGAGGAGGAGAUGAGAAAAAGUCCAAGAGGUGCAGCUGGUAGCCGAUUCGACUCCCCAUUGGCCAACGGAUUCCACUCUAGCCCCGUCACGAUGGAACAGGCUUCCUUCCCAAAAGCGACAACACCCCCUGUGGCUUUACCUCUCUCUGCACAGCCAUCUACACACUCAUCCACUCGUCAGGAGGCGUCAACCGGAUCACUCGAACCAGCCGCCCAUAUCCCUUCCACACCUCCUUUCGAAAAACCUGCUUUCACAGCUCGUUCAUCCAGCUCUGCUAUACCCAGCAAGCCUGCUCACACAUGGACCGUAGAUGAUGUUGUCGCUUGGGCCCAAGCCAAAGGAUUUGAUGAAGGUAUUCCAGAGAAAUUCAGAGAACACGAAAUCACCGGUGAUCUCCUCCUCGAACUUGAUGCCAACCUCCUAAAAGAGCUUGAUAUCCCUCAAUUCGGCAAACGUAUGCGAAUAGCUGCUGCAAUCUCCGAACUACGACGACCUUCUUCGAUGGUCUCAUCUAAUUCUCAGCAACUCUCUCCUUCCGGUCUUCCUCUGAAUGUACCAGGAAGUGCUUCUUUGCGUGGCAUGAGCGCGCCACCUUCAUCCUUAGGACAGCCUUUCCCAUCAACAACACCCCCUCUCACCACACCACCCACUUCCGCUUCCACCACCGAUGAUAUCCCUCACGGAGCUUGGUCUCAUGGCCGAAAGACGAGCAAUGUCGGUUUAGGAAUGCCUGCUCCUAUGGAAGCUAUCAAUGAGAACCUCGCACAAACACCCUCUACCAACCAAGCUAGUUCGACAGCUGCUAGCUUACCUGCCAGCCCUGUCACUCCAAGUUCUGUUGUCACCAAGCGUGAAUCCACCGGGUCAAUGGGUCACAAGCGUGGUAAACCAAGUACCGACAAUAAAGAGCGGUUGAGCUUCUUUGGUCGAUCACGUAAACCUGCUCCUCCAAGCUCUGUCUCGCCAAGCUCCGAACAACACCGAACUUCCUCUCGUCUUGGGUUCUCUGGCUCGAACCGAGUUCACCAGAUGCAACCUGCUACACCUGAAACGAACAGACGAACUUCUGGAACCGGUGGAGGGAACGCCGCGGCUCUCAAACAGAUUGGUACACCUGAUUAUUCAGGUUAUCUGAAGAAGAAGGGAGAUAGGUACGGUAGCUGGAAGCAAAGAUUCUUCGUAUUGAAAGGUUCUCAUCUCUACUAUUUGAAGAGUGAGACGGAAGAUCGAGUGAAAGGGCAUAUCGAAUUGCAAGGUCAUCGUGUAAUCGUCGACGAAAACACCAAUCCUGGUUCGUACGGUUUCAGACUUACUGGUGGGCCCAAUGACAAGGUUCACUACUUCUCGUCUACCGAGCAAAUCUCCAUUCGAGAGUGGAUGAAGGCCUUGAUGAAGGCGACUAUCGCCAGGGACUACUCUGUUCCAGUCACUUCAUCUUGCAAUAUCCCUACUAUCCCUCUGGCCGAAGCUCAAGCUAUGGCACCCCGUCCUCCCAGUCCAGCAACUCGAGAAGCCACCCAGAAAGCUACGAGAAGAGAAAACCCUAAUCAACUCACAGCGCAUGAUGCUAGUAUGAGUCUUGAUACUAGUUCAGGUGAACGACGACGAGCGAGUCAACAGCUUGGUGCUCCUUCACCUGGAAGACCCAGCCGAGAUACCAGAAGACCCUCUAGUAACUACAAUGGUGCUGCUCGACCAGCGGUAAAUUCAGUCUAUCAAUCCGAUGAAGGUAAAAACAACCCGGAACUAGUCAGAUGGGUAAACUCGUCAUUACCUCAAGCUUACCCUAGAGCAUCGGCCAUACCCAAAUCCUUCGUCUCUGGAGAAGUCAUCUUCCUACUUGUCAAACACUUAUCACACAUCGAGCCUUCCCCUCCCGUACCUCCUCAAGCUUUCGCCCCCGACGCUUCGGGUCAACCGGGCUUAGAAGGCUUGUUCUCCAUGAUGGAUAUACUAAUAGAUGCUGGGAUUGAUACCGCUGGAGUCAGUAUUAACGAUGUUAGGAAUGGAGAUUCGGGACAGAUCGUCAAACUGUUGAGUAGUAUUAGAGGAUGGCACGAGGAAAGAGCUGGUGUAGCCCAGUAA